AUGCAGGCGGACUCAGAAAGCACUCGUCCGUACGAGGCUCUAUCCUACGUAUGGGGUUCUGAGAGCAUGUCUCAGUCUAUUUCCAUAGACGGCUGCGACUUGUCCGUCAGGGAAAACCUUUACGCGGCGCUAUCACAUCUUCGAGAUCGCUCCAUUGAACGAAUCAUAUGGAUAGACGCUAUUUGCAUCAACCAAGGAGACCUAAAGGAAAAGGGACAGCAAGUUCAGUCUAUGGCGAAGAUCUAUAGCAAAGCAAGUCGUGUAAUUGUUUGGCUUGGAGGAGCGACACCCGACAGCGGCCAAGCCCUCGAAGAAAUACGCAUCGCAGCAGAGAAGCGUACGAAGCCCUCACCUACGAAGCCCUCACCUACGAAGCCCUCACCAACGGAGCCCUCACCAACGGAGCCCUCACCUAUGAAGCGCUCAACCAACGAAAGAGCGAUCCUUAGACUGCUGGAAGGACCGUGGUUUAAACGCAUCUGGGUACUUCAGGAGGUUGCCGCAGCUCGACAUGUACUGAUCAAAUGCGGCCCCACCGAGAUUGAUGGAUAUACGUUCUGUUCAGGUCUGGAUGAAUUAGACCUGUCUUACAAAACCUACCCAGAGCUGCGGCCUCUGAUUCAUUCAGUAUCCUAUCUCAUAAAGGGUGCGGUCUUCCGACCUAGAUGCGCAACUGGCCGGUCAGGCAGGUUUUCCCUGGACAUAUGCCCUCUAGGUGAGCUGGUGGAUAUGUACCACACUCGCGAAGCAACUGACCGCCGCGACAAGGUUUAUGCCUUGCUCGGCAUGAGCUCUGAUGAUCCUAGCAUCGCAGGGUUAUCGGCCAACUAUGAGAUUUCAUGGGGACAACUCUUCAAGCGACUGAUCAAGUUCUUCUCUGAACAGGUAUCUGCAGACACUUGGAACGAUAAGGAGAUAGCGGUAAUCAGGGGCAAGGGCUGCGUUCUUGGCGAAGUGUCUUCAGUCAAAGAUUCGAAAGACGGACGGGAGGUGAACGUCAAUUGGAGGAAUGUGUCUGGCUAUAGGGGGCCAGAUUCUCCCUGGACCUUCCAGGCCUCAGCGAAAUCUGUCCAGGUAGGGGAUGUUGUCUGCCUUCUACAAGGAGCGUCAAAUCCUACAAUCAUUAGGCUAUGCACCGAUUAUUGGGCCGUUAUAAUGAUUUCAGUUCCCUCUCCGGAUGAUCUACAAGGUGCGAGCAGCUACACCAAGUCGGGGCUUUUACGAUCUAUAAAAACCUUCCCACAUGAUUUCCUACUUGUCUGGAACUGGGAUAUGAAUCCAGUCAAGCCGCAGGAUUGGAAAGACUACGAAUAUUUCAUGGGCGCCCUAGUGUCGAAAUACUUAAAGACGGAUUUGGAAGAUUGUGUGGACAAAGCGGCCAGGUUAUGGAAUACUGGAGUGGCACUGCAAGACGUGGGAAGAGCUGAGGCAGGGGAAAAUCUCCGAAAAGCAAUAGGAAUUUUUGAGAGAGAAUUGAGAAGCAUGUUAACCCUAGCCUUGGAUUGCGGCCAAUGGAUAAAGGGAGAUAUGUACAAUCUAAAAGGAAUGAUAGAUUUACUUAUCAAGGACAACGGCGGAUGGAGGCCGCUGGGGUUGGCGGCGGGGAACAAGCACGAGGCAAUCGUCAAGCUGCUGCUCAAUAUUGGCAAAGUCGACCCAGACGCCAAGGAUAAGGAUGGGCGGACGCCGUUAUGGCAGGCGGCAGCGAACGGGCACGAAGCAAUCGUCAAGCUGCUGCUCAAUACUGGCAAAGUCGACCCAGACGCCAAGGAUAGGUACGGACGGACACCGCUAUUGCUGGCGGCAGCGAAGGGACACGAGACAAUCGUCAAGCUGCUGCUCGAUACUGGCAAAGUCGAUCCAGGCGCCAAGGAUAAGGAUGGACAGACGCCGUUAUGGCAGGCGGCAGCGAAGGGACACGAGGCAAUCGUCAAGCUGUUGUUCGAUACUGGCAAAGUCGAUCCAGACGCCGAGGAUAAGGAUGGGCGGACGCCGUUAUGUCAGGCGGCAGCGAACGGGCACGAAGCAAUCGUCAAGCUGCUGCUCAAUACUGGCAAAGUCGACCCAGACGCCAAGGAUAGGUACGGACGGACACCGCUAUUGCUGGCGGCAGCGAAGGGACACGGGGCAAUCGUCAAGCUGUUGUUCGAUACUGGCAAAGUCGACCCAGACGCCGAGGAUAAGGAUAGACAGACGCCGUUCUGGCAGGCGGCAGCGAAGGGACACGAGGCAAUCGUCAAGCUGCUGCUCGAUACUGGCAAAGUCGAUCCAGGCGCCAAGGAUAAGGAUGGACAGACGCCGUUAUGGCAGGCGGCAGCGAAGGGACACGAGGCAAUUGUCAAGCUGUUACUCGAUACUGGCAAAGUCGAUCCAGACGCCAAGGACUACGAUGGACGGACGCCGUUAUGGCAGGCGGCAGCGAAGGGACACGAGGCAAUCGUCAAGCUGUUGUUCGAUACUGGCAAAGUCGACCCAGACGCCAAGGAUAAGGCUGGGCGGACGCCGUUAUGGCAGGCGGCAGCGAACGGGCACGAAGCAAUCGUCAAGCUGCUGCUCAAUACUGGCAAAGUCGACCCAGACGCCAAGGAUAGGUACGGACGGACACCGCUAUUGCUGGCGGCAGCGAAGGGACACGAGACAAUCGUCAAGCUGCUGCUCGAUACUGGCAAAGUCGAUCCAGGCGCCAAGGAUAAGGAUGGACAGACGCCGUUAUGGCAGGCGGCAGCGAAGGGACACGAGGCAAUUGUCAAGCUGUUACUCGAUACUGGCAAAGUCGAUCCAGACGCCAAGGACUACGAUGGACGGACGCCGUUAUGGCAGGCGGCAGCGAAGGGACACGAGGCAAUCGUCAAGCUGUUGUUCGAUACUGGCAAAGUCGAUCCAGACGCCAAGGAUAAGGAUGGACAGACGCCUUUAUGGCAGGCGGCAGCGAACGGGCACGAGGCAAUCGUCAAGCUGCUGCUCGAUACUGGCCUCGAUACUGGCAAAGUCGAUCCAGGCGCCAAGGACGACGAUGGACAGACGCCUUUAUGGCAGGCGGCAGCGAACGGGCACGAGGCAAUCGUCAAGCUGUUGUUCGAUACUGGCAAAGUCGAUCCAGACGCCAAGGAUAAGGAUGGGCGGACGCCGUUAUGGCAGGCGGCAGCGAACGGGCACGAGGCAAUCGUCAAGCUGUUACUCGAUACUGGCAAAGUCGAUACAGACACCAAGGAUAAGGAUGGACGGACACCGCUAUUGCUGGCGGCAGUGAAGGGGCACGAGGCAAUCGUCAAGCUGUUACUCGAUACUGGCAAAGUCGAUUCAGGCGCCAAGGACGACGAUGAUGGACAGACGCCUUUAUGGCAGGCGGCAGCGAACGGGCACGAGGCAAUCGUCAAGCUGCUGCUCGAUACUGGCCUCGAUACUGGCAAAGUCGAUCCAGGCGCCAAGGACGACGAUGGACAGACGCCUUUAUGGCAGGCGGCAGCGAACGGGCACGAGGCAAUCGUCAAGCUGCUGCUCGAUACUGGCCUCGAUACUGGCAAAGUCGAUCCAGGCGCCAAGGACGACGAUGGACAGACGCCUUUAUGGCAGGCGGCAGCGAACGGGCACGAGGCAAUUGUCAAGCUGUUGCUCGAUACUGGCAAGGUCCACCCAGACGCCAAGGAUAGGGAUGGACGGAUGCCGUUAUUGCUGGCGGCUGAGUACGGGCAUGACGCUGUCGUCAAGUUACUUCUCGACAAGGGCGCGAACAUCGAGGCGAAAGACAGUGAGUAUGGUCGGACACCGUUAUCAUGGGCGGCUGAGUACGGGAAUGACGGUAUCGUCAAGUUACUUCUCGACAAGGGCGCGAACAUCGAGGCGAAAGACAGUGAGUAUGGUCGGACACCGUUAUUGCUGGCGGCUGAGAACGGGCAUGACGGUAUCGUCAACCUGCUGCUCGACAAGGGCGCGAACACCGAGGCGAAAGACGAAGAUGAUCGGACACCGUUAUUGCUGGCGGCUGAGAACGGGAAUGACGGUAUCGUCAAGUUACUUCUCGACAAGGGCGCGAACAUCGAGGCGAAAGACAGCAGGUAUGGUCAGACACCGUUAUUUCUGGCGGCUGAGUACGGGCAUGACGCUGUCGUCAACCUGCUGCUCGACAAGGGCGCGGAAGUCGAUGUGAGAAGCAAUUAUUCUCGGACACCGUUAUUGCUGGCGGCUAAGAACGGGCAUGACGCUGUCGUCAAGCUGCUGCUCGACAAGGGCGCGGAAAUCGGUGUGCCAAGAAAAAGGAUGGAUCUGCCAACGUUAUCAUGGGCGGCUGCGAACGGGCAUGGCGCUAUCGUCAAGCUGCUGCUCGACAAGGGCGCGGAAGUCGAUGUGAAACACAGCGAGCAUCAUCAGACACCGUUAUCAUUGGCGGCCAGGCACGGGCAUGACGCUGUCGUCAAACUGCUGCUCGACAAGGGCGCGGCAAUCGAGGCGAAAGACAGCAUGUAUGAUCGGACACCGUUAUCAUGGGCGGCUGAGAACGGGUAUGACGCUGUCAUCAAGCUGCUUCUCGACAAAGACGCGGAAAUCGAUGCGAAAGACAAUGGUGAUCGGACACCGUUAUCAUGGGCGGCUGAGAAGGGGCAUGACGCUGUCGUCGAGCUGCUUCUCGACAAAGACGCGGAAAUCGAUGCGAAAGACGGGUAUGGUCAGACACCGUUAUCAUGGGCGGCUGGGAAGGGGCACGAGGCGAUCGUCAAGCUGCUUCUCGACAAGGACGCGGAAAUCAAUGCGAAAGACAAUGGUGAUCGGACACCGUUAUCAUGGGCGGCUGAGAAGGGGCAUGACGCUGUCGUCGAGCUGCUUCUCGACAAAGACGCGGAAAUCGAUGCGAAAGACGGGUAUGGUCAGACACCGUUAUCAUGGGCGGCUGGGAAGGGGCACGAGGCGAUCGUCAAGCUGCUUCUCGACAAGGGCGCGGAAAUCGAUGCGAAAGACAAAGAUGAUCGGACACCGUUAUUAUUUGCGGCUGUGAACGGGCACGAGGCAACCGUCAAGCUGCUACUCGAUACUGGCAAGGUCGACCCAGGCGCCAAGGAUAGGUACGGACAAACACCGUUAUGGCAGGCGGCAGCGAACGGGCACGAGGCGAUCGUCAAGCUGCUUCUCGACAAGGGCGCGGAAAUCGAUGCGAAAGACGGGUAUGGUCAGACACCGUUAUUUGCGGCUGGGAACGGGUAUGACGCUGUCAUCAAGCUGCUUCUCGACAAGGGCGCGGCAAUCGAUGCGAAAGACGAGGAUGGUAAUACACCGUUAUCAUUUGCGGCUGGGAACGGGUAUGACGCUGUCGUCAAGCUGCUUCUCGACAAGGACGCGGAAAUCGAUGCGAAAGACGAAGAUGAUCGGACACCGUUAUUGCUGGCGGCUGAGAAGGGGCAUGACGCUGUCAUCAAGUUGCUUCUCGACAAGGGCGCGGAAAUCAAUGCGAAAGACAGCAGGUAUGGUCAGACACCGUUAUCAUGGGCGGCUGAGAAGGGGCACGAGGCGAUCGUCAAGCUGCUUCUCGACAAGGGCGCGGAAAUCGAUGCGAAAGACAAAGAUGAUCGGACACCGUUAUCAUUUGCGGCUAGGAACGGGCACGAGGCAACCGUCAAGCUGCUACUCGAUACUGGCAAGGUCGACCCAGGCGCCAAGGAUAGGUACGGACAAACACCGUUAUGGCAGGCGGCAGCGAACGGGCACGAGGCGAUCGUCAAGCUGCUUCUCGACAAGGACGCGGAAAUCAAUGCGAAAGACAGCAGGUAUGGUCAGACACCGUUAUUAUGGGCGGCUAAGAACGGGCACGACGCUGUCAUCAAGCUGCUUCUCGACAAGGACGCGGAAAUCAAUGCGAAAGACAGCAGGUAUGGUCAGACACCGUUAUUAUGGGCGGCUAAGAACGGGCACGAGGCGAUCGUCAAGCUGCUUCUCGACAAGGACGCGGAAAUCAAUGCGAAAGACAAUGGUGAUCGGACACCGUUAUCAUGGGCGGCUGAGAAGGGGCAUGACGCUGUCGUCGAGCUGCUUCUCGACAAGGACGCGGAAAUCAAUGCGAAAGACAAUGGUGAUUGGACACCGUUAUUAUGGGCGGCAGCGAACGGGCACGAGGCAAUCGUCAAGCUGCUGCUCGACAAGGACGCGGAAAUCGAUGCGAAAGACGAAGAUGAUCGGACACCGUUAUCAUUUGCGGCUGAGAACGGGCACGAGGCGAUCGUCAAGCUGCUUCUCGACAAGGACGCGGAAAUCAAUGCGAAAGACAAUGGUGAUCGGACACCGUUAUCAUGGGCGGCUGAGAAGGGGCAUGACGCUGUCGUCGAGCUGCUUCUCGACAAAGACGCGGAAAUCGAUGCGAAAGACAAUGGUGAUCGGACACCGUUAUCAUGGGCGGCUGAGAAGGGGCAUGACGCUGUCGUCGAGCUGCUUCUCGACAAAGACGCGGAAAUCGAUGCGAAAGACGGGUAUGGUCAGACACCGUUAUCGUGGGCGGCUGAGAAGGGGCAUAACGCUGUCAUCAAGCUGCUUCUCGACAAGGGCGCGAAAGUCGAUGCGAAAGACAAUGGUGAUCGGACACCGUUACCAUGGGCGGCUUACGGGCAUGACGCUGUCGUCAAGCUGCUUCUCGACAAGGACGCGGAAAUCACAAUCACUAAACAGUAG